UGAAGGGGUGAGUAGUGUUUACAAAGCAAGAAUACAAAUCCAUACAUCUAUAAUUCUAUAUGGAGUCGUUCACUCAAUUUCUAUCAUUCAUAGGGAUUUUGGUUUUUGUACUAACUUAUAGUUACAAAAGAAGCAUAAGAAACAACACAAGAAAAGGUAAUAAACUGGUAGCUCCAGAACCAUCAGGAGCACUCCCAUUUAUAGGUCACUUUCAUCUUCUACAUGGUGAAACUCCUAUAGCAAGGAAACUUGGAAAAAUUGCCGAUGACUACGGGCCCAUUUUCUCUCUGCGGCUUGGUAGUCGUCGUGCCAUGGUAGUGAGCAACUCGCAGAUGGUGAAAGAGUGCUUCAGCAUCAAUGACAAAAAUUUGGCAAGUAGGCCAAAUAUGGCAGUGAGCCGGUAUAUGGUCUAUGACAAUGCUAGUUUUGGGCUCGCGCCAUAUGGACCAUUAUGGCGCGAGAUCCGAAAACUAGUCUAUUCCGAGCUCUUUAUGAGCCACAGUCUAGCAAAGUUGGAGAAUAUUCGUAACUCAGAAGUGAAAAGCUCAAUUAACGAUCUAUUUAUGUUGUCCGUAAAAAAUGGGGACAGAACAUCUGCUAUCGACAUGAUCAAGUGGUUCGAGCAUGUAAUGUUCAAUAUAAGUAUGCGAAUGUUCGUUGGUAAAAGGUUUUCUAGCGAGUGUAUCUUCGAAGGUAACAACAAAGACGAAGAGAUAAAGAAAGCCAUAAGAAAAGGGUUGUAUCUCACUGGAGUUUUUGUGGUGUCUGAUGUCAUUCCAAAUCUGGAAUGGUUGGACAUUGGAGGGCAUCUAAAAGAUAUGAAACAACUGGCAAAAGUUCUUGAUACGGUCAUUGGAGAGUGGCUUGAUGAACAUGUUGAGAAGCGAAACAGGUCUGAUAACGAUAAAGACGCGGAUUUAAUGGAUGUGAUGCUGUCAUCCCUGUCAAAUGAUGCUGAAAUGUAUGGUUACGGGCGUGAAACCGUCAUCAAGGCAACAACACUGAUUCUCAUGUUGACGGGCUACGAAAGCACUGGUGAGACACUCACAUGGGCACUCUCUUUAUUACUAAACCACCCCAACAUCCUUAAAGCUGCCCAGGAAGAGCUUGACAUCUAUGUAGGAAGAGACAAAUGGGUGGAAGAAUCCGAUACAAAACAACUAAGGUAUAUACAAGCCAUAGUGAAAGAAACGCUUCGAAUGUACCCACCAGGUCCCUUGGGAGCACCACGUGAGGCCAUCGAGGACUGCAACAUCGGUGGAUAUCAUGUUUCCAAAGGGACUCGCUUAAUAGUGAACAUUUGGAAGCUACAUCGCGAUCCUCAAGUGUGGGGGGAUCCUAAUGAGUUUAGACCAGAGAGGUUUCUUGAGGAACAUGCAAACAUAAGUUAUCAGGGUCAGAAUUUUGAAUACAUUCCCUUCAGUUCUGGAAGGAGGAUGUGUCCUGCAAGUUCAUUUGCUUUGCAAGUAGUUCACUUGACACUUGCUCGCCUACUUCAAGGGUUCGAUUUGUCAACACCAAUGGGACAACCUGUGGACAUGACUGAGGGGUGUGGCCAAGCCUUGCCAAAGGUGAAACCCCUUGAAGUGAUCAUCACACCACGCCUUUCUCCGGUGCUCUAUCAAACCCCUUGAUCAUGUGUGAAAUUUUCAACAUGAUCAGACUUGGAUUGAAUAUGCAAUUAAUUAUAUGUAUUAUUUUUGUGCUAUGGAGUGUUAUAUGUAUUAUUUUGAUAUAUGAUUGUAUACUAGUUACUUGUGCUAUGGAACAUGAAAUAAUAUAUUUCAAUUAUUACAAAA